AAGUAGGGACACAUUAUCCAACUCUUAGCUUUGCGUCCGAUAAUCGGCACAUGAGAGCUCGUUCAACGCCGAGCGAAAAACCCGGACGCGUCCUCCCCGGGAUCUGUGCAGCUGGGCUCGGGAAUUGGGACUGUAAAACAUCUCCGUUCGAAAGGGAAACGAGGAGAAGGAGACACAAGCGAGGACAUGAACGGAAGGGAGGCAGAAAUCACUGAAACGCAAAGCUGUAUGCACGCGUAACGCUGUUUCUGGCGUGCGCAAAGGCGCCAAACAAAGUAACGUUAACCGGAUAAAUUACACCGAUAUGUUUUUUUCCCUGGACAUGUUUCCGCUGCCGGACAGCGUUGUUUAGGCUCUGUGGAAAGAGGCUGAUCCUGUCGCUGUGUGGAGAGACUGUGUAUUAUGUCUUUUUUUCCCUUUAUUCUUUACUCUGGAAAUUACGGGAAGUUGUUUUUGGACGUUUAACUUCUGAGGUGACGCUAAAUGCAAAUGCGGUAGGUGACUCCGGCCAGCGACUCAGCUACUAAACAGACCUGAAACGCUGUUUUUCCUCCCACAUUGUAUACGAGGCUGUGCUGUUUGGUUCACUGAAACGUGAGACCCCAGUGAACUAACAACAAAUAACAAACCGCUGCAUCCAGCUGUUUUAUCAGCCGCUACUGUAAACCUUCAUUCACGCCUUUUUGGAUUGGAUAUGCUAAGAAAAGUUUGUAAGAAUGAAGAGAAGAAAAUUCCCGUAGCACGCCUCUGUUUUCUGUUCACAUCGCCGCCGCCUGCUGAAGUGGAUCUGUUGAAACGCUGUUAUUUUACUCUUUUUUUUCUCAAGCCUUCAUCGUUUCCAUGUUGUGGCGACAGCAGAGCUGACAUGCGUCUGGAAUGGGCAUAUAGUGCGGUGACCUACUGCUUUUAACAUACAGUUGCGAAACUGACUGAUUGUUUUCGAGUUGACAGUGAAUGAGUAAGACAUCCGGGCGCAGGUAGGGAACCGGGUAGUGCGUGCUUGUGCGCUGUGAGUAGCCGCUUUUAGCCCACCCUGAACCAGUUCGUGCUCUCGGUUACUUCGUGAGGAGAGUCUCUGCAGCCGAUAUGGAGGAGUGGAGACAGUGCGGGCGGUGGUUGAUAGACUGCAAGGUCCUGCCCCCGAACCACCGGGUCGUGUGGCCCUCGGCGGCCGUGUUCGACUUGGCACAGGCCCUGAGAGACGGGGUGCUCUUGUGCCAGAUGUUGCACAACCUCUCGCCGGGAUCAGUGGACCUGAAGGAAAUCAAUUUCAGACCCCAGAUGUCACAGUUCCUGUGUCUGAAGAACAUCCGGACAUUUCUCAAGGUUUGCCACGACAAGUUCGGCCUGCGCAACAGUGAACUGUUUGACCCUUUUGACCUCUUUGAUGUCAGGGACUUCGGCAAGGUAAUCUCCGCUCUGUCGAGGAUCUCCCACCACAGCAUUGCACAAAUCAAAGGCAUCAGGCCUUUUCCAUCAGAGGACACAGCUCUGAAUGAGGAUGAUGUGUACCGGAGCCUUGAGGAGCUGGCAGAUGAGCAUGACUUGGGUGAGGAUGACAUCUACGACUGUGUGCCGUGUGAGGACGAUGGGGAUGACAUCUACGAGGACAUCAUUAAGGUGGAAGUACGACAACCCAUGAAAAUGGGUAUGACAGAAGAUGACAAGAGAAACUGCUGCUUAGUGGAGAUCCAGGAAACUGAAGCAAAGUACUACAAGACUUUAGAGGACAUCGAGAAGAAUUACAUGAUCCCGUUGAAGCAAGUCUUGAGUCCACAGGACAUGGAGGCUAUCUUUGUCAAUCUUGAGGAUGUAAUCAAAGUCCACUUUGCCCUUCUGAGAGCCAUCGACCUGAGUAUGAUUAGUGGAGGAAGCGGCCUGGGCAAGAUUUUUCUGGACUUCAAGGAAAGGUUGUUGAUCUAUGGUCAGUACUGCAGCCACAUGGAGAACGCCCAGAAGACACUGGAUGAGUUAAUAGCGACACGAGAGGAUGUGAAGAUUAAAGUGGAGGAAUGUACUAUGAAGGUGCAGGAAGGGAAGUUCAAGCUGCAGGAUCUUCUGGUGGUUCCCAUGCAGAGGGUGCUGAAGUAUCACCUACUACUGAAGGAACUUUUGAGUCACUCAACUGACCGACCAGAGAGACAGCAACUCAAGGAGGCUCUGGAGGCUAUGCAGGACCUUGCCAUGUACAUCAAUGAAGUCAAAAGGGACAAUGAGACACUGAAGAAAAUCAGCGAAUUCCAAAGUUCAAUAGAAAAUCUUCAGCAGGUGAAACUGGAGGAGUAUGGGAGGCCAAAGAUAGACGGAGAGCUGAAGGUGUGCUCCAUUGUCAACCGAACGAAACAGGACCGGUAUAUUUUCCUGUUUGAUAAAGUGGUCAUUGUCUGCAAGAGGAAAGGCUAUAACUAUGAACUCAAAGAGAUCAUUGAACUGCAGUCUUAUAAAAUGUCGGACGACCCCAUGAACAACAGAGACAUGAAAAAGUCGAGUGGAAAAAUGUGGUCUUAUGGUUUCUACCUGAUCCACCUGCAAGGGAAGCAGGGCUUUCAGUUCUUUUGUAAAACUGAGGAGACUAAGAGGAAGUGGAUGGAACAGUUUGACAUGGCCAUGUCCAACAUCAAGCCAGAGAGAGCCACAGCCAAUCAGCAUAAUUUCCAAAUGCACACAUUUGAUAAGAAUACCAACUGUCGAGCCUGCAAGAUGCUUCUGAGGGGAAUCUUCUAUCAGGGCUACUACUGCUCUCGCUGUGGAACAGGAGCACACAAAGAGUGUCUGGAAAUCAUCACCAUCUGUAAAAUCAAUCCUCAUGACCAGGAACCUGGAAUAUCAUCAGGUCCGAAGAUGGUUGCAGUGAGGAACUACCACGGCACACCAGCCCCUCCGGGAAAGACACCACUCUGUUUUCAGACGGGAGACUUUAUUGAGCUGCUGAAGGGAGAUCCUGACACCACAUGGUGGGAGGGGAAGCUGAUACAAACACAAAAGAGUGGCUUCUUCCCCAGUUCAUGUGUCAAACCUUAUUUGGACCCAAAGCCCUUCCAGUCGUUAUCCAGCCGGCAGUCCUCUAGGGAAGCAGACUACUAUGGAUAUCCUUGGUUUGCAGGAAACAUGGAGCGCCAGCAGGCAGACAACCUUUUGAAAUCCCACAGCAGUGGGACCUACCUUAUCAGAGAGAGGACAGCUGAGGCAGAGAGGUUUGCCAUCAGCAUCAAAUUUAAUGAUGAAGUAAAACACAUCAAAGUCAUUGAAAAAGACAGCUGGAUUCACAUCACUGAGGCCAAGAAGUUUGAGAGUCUUUUGGAGCUGGUGGAGUACUAUCAGUCCCAUUCACUGAAAGAAAGCUUCAAGUUAUUAGAUACUACAUUGCGUUACCCCUACAAGUCUAGAGAACGAUCGCUAACUCGUGCCAGUACCCGCUCACCAGCAGCCACCUGCGCCUCCUACAACUUUUCCUUCCUCAGUCCACAGGGACUCAACUUCUCGUCUUCUCAGAGCUCAGCUCCCUUUUGGUCAGUGUUUACUCCUCGGGUGGUCAGUACAGCAGUGGCCAGGUACAACUUUGCAGCACGAGACAUGAGAGAGCUGUCAUUGCGAGAAGGAGACAUUGUCAAAAUCUACAGCAAGAUCGGUGGAGACCAGGGCUGGUGGAAAGGCGAGGCCAACGGACGAAUUGGAUGGUUUCCUUCAACCUACGUGGAUGAAGAAGGAGUGCAGUAAAGGUAUGAAAGCUUGCUGGCCUGGCUCCCUUUUAAAUCAGGAACCAUCUUCUAUCUACUGUUCUCAGAGAAAAUUUCAUUCUCUCCAGGAAAAUAACGCAAAGAAAAAAGAACCUUUUUUUGUUGUUGUUUUUGCUGGAUACUCAUUUUUCAGCGAGUGUUUCUACCCCAUUUCUCUAUCUUCAAUUAUGCAUCAGCUUUGCUUUUGUUUGGAUUUGUUGUCGGAUUUCUUUUUUUUUUUGGAAGAUGUCCUGUUUAAUUUCUGUACAGGAAAGACGACAAAAAAACUGGCUUGCUGUCUGUCAGUCUCUGUGUGCUCUGCAGAGGCUUUAUUGAACUGAGGACACAGCAGAAACUGACUGUGGAUAGCUUUACUUUGAAAAAGGCUCCCCUUUGUUGCAGGUCUAUCGAGGUGAAAUAAUUGUACAGUAUAGAUAAUUUAUUGAAUAGAGAUUAUUAUCAUUACUAAUGAUUAUUGUGGGGAAGUUGAUUUUAGUAAAAGCAAGGAAUCAGACGAGAAAACCUAAAAUAAGAUGAAAAAAAAUAUGCUCCGUUUUCAUGUUGAGAGAUUUUGCCUUAGUUGUCAUGGUGAUGCCUUGUGGGCUGAAGCCAGUGGAGGGAAUCGACUCUGUUGACUGUUUUUCCUUCUCCAUGUAUGCAUGUGCCCAUGUGCAGCCCACACAAACACACACACAGACCAAUGUACAGUACGGUGCCUUUGAAGAAUGGUCUCUUACUGAACCUCUACAUCAGCCAGUAAAGAACAUUGCCAUCCCCAAAAAAAGACGUUUGUCCAGAUCCAGAGGAUUUUGCUAAAGGAGGGGAGAGGCCCUUAUACAACGCGCAGGGGCCGGCUCACCUUCUGAGACCCUGAAACCAAGAUGGUGAAGCAUUUAACUUUUCCUAACUGGUGACUGGAUGGACUCACAGAGACAGUUGGAGGGUUUUUAUAGCCAACAACAAUCACGUACACAGUUCACGUCAGUCUUGGUGCCACAAGUCCAUGGGUGCAAUCAGCUGGAUUCAAAAGGGAAACAUCAAGACAUUCCACCUGACUACCACUUCACACAUUUAAAUCUCUGCGUUCAUUGUUUCAUUUUUGCACAGAAUUAUUUUUUAAGUCAUAAGAACUGGAGCAACUUUUUUUAUUUUUAUUUGAAGCCAAAUGUUUUACUGUCUGCAUGGAGUUUGAUCAAUUAUUAUGAUUUUUGUACCUAGCCUUAUUUUUACAGAUCAUCAGGUGACGGAUUACCCCCCCCCAAAAAAAAAAAAAAAAUAUUAACCAUUUUUCAUGUGUGGAAUCCAUGUUGAUGCUGUGCAGACUGGUGAAAAUGAAAUCGUGUCAGAAUCGUAUUUUGAAUCUGAAGGAAAACCGUAUGCUGAUUAACCUGAAUCCACAGAAGGAGCCCUUAAUCAUUUUGUGAUUGUCUAGGGGUGCAGUGCUCAGUGUUUCCUGUAAUUUCCUAAUGCUAGAAAUACUGUAUUAAUAAAACAGAUUUGCAGACAUUUUGAUCACAAUCUGUCUGUCAGACAUUUCAUUGGUUUUCCACUGACAGCACUCAGGAGAUGUAUGCCAGACAACUUUCUAAUUCUAGUUAUACAGAUAUUGAGAAGUUUAUUGACCCUUUCAGCACAGCUUUCUAUAAAAGGUUAGUUCAGAUUUUCUAUGCAUUUAAUUUGAUAAAGAUAUAUAUUUAAUAACUCGGUGUAUAUGGCCUUACUUUUAACAUUCUGCCACCUACACAUUUCAGUAUUGAUAUAUUGCUCGGAGCUUAUGCCGACUUGUCUUUUCAUACGUGUGAAUUUUUCACAGUAGACUAAAACGGGUCAAUAAAUGGGUCGAUACAAAUCAGUUUUAAGUAACUCUCAAAGCAUCCACAAACCUCACCGAGAAGUGAAGCGCAAACACUGAGCACCUCAGCUCUGGCCGGUUCACAAAGACUUAUGGAGCAGAAGAUGCCGAUUUGUUUAGUUUCUAAACUUUGACUGUCUACGGUGUGUGUUAUUGCAAUGGCUGACCACCCCAGAAAAGUCCUACUGCUGUGUGAGGGAGACUCACAGGAGGCCUCCACAUUAUCUAAAAAGAGGGGAGGAUCUAGUCGCUGUUAUGUAGUGGACAAAAACCCAUUGCAUGUGGCUAUUGAUAUUUCAGCUCCUGUCAAUACAUCCUGGAAAAGAGAAGUACUUAAAUGUGUACAUUUUUUUGAAUGGUUGAGUAUUUCCAAAUGAGGUCUAUCAUGAAAUAAAUAUUUCUCCUUUGAUUUAAA